AGAAGGAAGUCUGUAACGUAGUUCGAGUGAAACCAAGUGACUCGUCGUCCUGUGACAAUUAAGAAUGGAGAAAGAACUUUGUUGUUAACAUCCGUAGCAUUUUUUCAGAAGGGAACAUCAAGAGCGCCGGUGGUUAAAGUAUUUCGGGUGAGUUUUUGGACUACAGAUCAUCAUGGGAGUGCACGGACUGUGGAGGCUGCUGGAGAGUACAGGGAAACCCAUCAACCCUGAGACCCUGGAGGGGAAGAUCCUGGCUGUUGACAUCAGUAUAUGGCUGAACCAGGCCGUGAAGGGGGUGAGGGACCGCGAUGGCAACAGUGUCCAAAACGCCCACCUCCUCACUCUCUUCAACCGCAUCUGUAAGCUGCUUUUCUUCCGCAUCAAGCCGGUGUUUGUCUUUGAUGGAGACGCACCACUGCUGAAGAAGCAGACUCUGGCUCUGAGGAGGCAGAGGAAAGAGGAGUUGAGCCGCGAGUCCAAACAGACCAAUGAGAAACUCCUCAAGACAUUCCUAAAGAGACAAGCUAUCAAAGCUGCACUUGGAGAACACAGUAAAGAACCUCUCCCCAGCCUCUCCACUGUGAGGAGAGAUGAGGUGGAUGACAUGUAUGUUCUUCCAGCCCUGCCAGCUGCAGAGGAGAAGGAGAAUAGCAGUUCAGAGGAGGAAGAGGAGGACAAAGAGUCAGAGGAGACGGAGGACAGUUACAUGUAUCAGGGAGAACUGUAUGAAGACCCCAACUCAGUGGACAUCAACUCAGAGGAGUUUGCCAGCCUUCCUCCUGAAAUGAAACAUGAGAUACUCAAAGACAUGAAAGAGUUCUCCAAAAGACGCCGGACCAUGUACCAGAAACCCCCAGAGGCUUCAGGAGACUUUUCCCAGUACCAGCUGGCCGGCCUGCUGCAGAGGAACAAGCUGAACCAGCGUCUGGAGGGAGUGGAGAAAGAAAUGAGCCAGCGAAGCGCCGGUAGCGCUCCCGAGCUGUACCAACAGGACGGAGACCAGCAGAGUCACAGCGUAGAGUCACGACGGCUGGUUUCAGAAGACAAUUCCCACUAUAUUCUUAUUAAAGGCUCCAAAAAGAAUGAAGCUGCCCCCGAGAAACAACCUGCAGUGGCUCCCUGGGCUGGGAGCUCCCUGACAGGGCACCAAAGACGAGCAGCAGACAGACCAGAGCCCCUGUGGCGUCCUGCUGGCGAGGAAGAGGCAGUCGUGCGGGGUCCUUACUUUAAAGACUCCAAACCUUCUGUCACGAAAACAUCUCGGGAAGAAACCUCACCGCCCUCGCCUCGUACACUCAAGGCGAUCCAGGCUGCGAUGAACGACAGCUCGGACGAGGAGAAGGUGGAGCAGGAUAAGAAGGAUGGUAGUGUGUCUCCACGUACUCUGCUGGCAAUCCAACAGGCUCUAGCUGAGGAGGACAACAGUGCUGCUGAACACAGGACCCUGAUCAGCAGCUCAUCCACCAAACUGCAGGAGAAUAUUCAUCAUCCUGUGCCACAAGUGGUCAUCAGCAGCUCAGAGGAGGAGACAGAACCUGCUGAUGAAAAAUCAGACUUCAAGGAGAACCCAUCAGGCCAACAUGUGAAAGAUGCUCUGUUUGUUAGCAGCUCUGAAGAUGAGAUGGAGGACUGGAUCGGUCAGAGGAAUAAAGCACUUCAUUCUGCAUCGCUGCAGCACGAGAAAGAGAUGAAUUCAGAAGAGCAGACAAAGAAAAGACAGCUGACAGAGGACAUAAGGACGGGGAGCAGAGGACAGACUGAGAAACAAGAAGAGCUGCAGGGAAGAGGAUCAGAGCUCAGAUUGAUGACAAGCCCACAGGGUGCUGCUACCGCCAAUCAAAACACAUCAUCCAUCAAUCUCUCUGCUCAGCUACAUGGAAAACCUGCCAGCGCUGAGACUGAAACUCAUCCUGGGCUGUUAAAGAGUAAUAAUGUAAUUGAGGCUCUGGAGAAGAAGAACAGAGAUGAUGUGAAGGCAAAGGGCAGCGAGGAGAGCGAGUCAGAAGAGAGCUUCAUCGAGGUGUCAGACACCGAAUUUAAAGAGGAGGAUGCAGAUGAUUCACCUGUAAUGAUCGGAGAGAAACAAUCUCCAGAUAAGGUUCAUACAGAGGAGACCAAACAGGAAGAAAAACCAGAGGAAGGAUUAACAGAGGCUCCAGCUGCUGCUUUGGAAUCAGAAGAAGAAGACAAAGAGAGACAGACUGAAGAGGAGGAGUUAAAGGAGCGAACAGAGACAGAAAACAGCUCAACUCCAGCGAUCAAUGAAUGGGAAGAUAUUAAUGUGGAUGAGCUGGAGGCCCUGGAGAGCUCUCUGCAGGUGGAGCAGAGCAACCUGAGGGAGCUGAAGCAGCAGCAGGAGAGGAUGGCCAACACCGUCACAGGACAGAUGCACCUGGAGAGCCAGGAGCUGCUGCGGCUGUUUGGCGUGCCGUUCGUGGUGGCGCCGACGGAGGCCGAGGCUCAGUGUGCGGCACUCGACCGUGCCGAACAAACACACGGGACCAUCACAGACGACUCGGACGUGUGGCUGUUCGGAGGGAGACACGUCUACAAGAACUUCUUCAGCCAGAACAAAUAUGUUGAACACUACCAGUACAGCGACCUGCAGAACCAACUGGGUCUGGACAGGACUAAACUGAUUAACCUGGCUUACCUGCUGGGAAGUGACUACACAGAGGGCGUGCCGGGAGUUGGAUAUGUGACAGGCAUGGAGAUACUGAAUGAGUUCCAAGGGCCAGGCUUGGAGCCUCUUUUACACUUUAGUGAGUGGUGGUCUCAGGCUCAGGAGAAAAAGCGUCUAACGGCUGAUCCUCGGGACACGAAGGUUAAGAAGAAAUUGAGGGAUCUGAAACUGCAUCCUGGCUUCCCAAACCCUGCGGUGGCUCAGGCUUACCUGCAGCCUGCCGUGGACCAAUCAGACAGCUUCUUCAGCUGGGGACGCCCACAACUCGACAUGAUCAAAGAAUUCUGUCUGAGUCGUUUUGGCUGGAACAGUAGGAGGACGGAGGAGACUCUCCAGCCUGUGAUCAAGCAGCUCAACACCCAGCAGACUCAGCUGCGGAUCGACUCCUUCUUCCGCAUGGAGCAACAAGAAAAACAGGCGAUCCGCAGCCAGCGACUCCGCAGAGCCGUCACCUGCAUGAAGAGAAAGGAGAGAGCAGAAGGAGAAGAGGAGGAAGAGGACGAUGAGGAUAUCUCCGUGGAUGCAGAGCUCGCCAAAGCCAUCAUGUCCCGGUGUGUCCACCCCUCUGUGAUGGGCCCUGAGCCCUGGGAGGGAUAUAUGUUUUCUGAUCUGGAGAUCCGUAUCAAAGAGUCCACAGACCUCUACGGAGCUGUGCUCUGGCCCUCGGCGAUGGUGCUGUGUCAUUUCUUAGAGACCAACCGAGACAAACACAACCUGCUGGACAAAAAUGUGAUUGAAAUUGGUGCUGGAACUGGGCUCGUCUCCAUCGUGGCCAGCCUGUUGGGUGCCAAGGUGACGUCCACUGACCUGCCGGAUGUGUUGGGAAACCUUGAGUACAACGUUAUGCGCAACACCAAGGGCCGGUGCAAAUACAUCCCUCUGGUCACAGAGCUCUUUUGGGGUCCCGAGGUGGGGCAGCGUUUCCCGAGUGCCACACACUGUUUUGACUACAUCCUGGCAGCUGAUGUUGUCUACGCCCAUCCUUACCUGGAAGAGCUGAUGGACACCUUUGACCACUUGUGCCAGGAAAACACGCAGAUCCUGUGGACCAUGCGCUUUCGUCUGGACCCAGAGAACAGCUUUGUUGACCGCUUUCAGCAGCGUUUCCACGUGGAGGAGCUGUACGACCUCCCCAGUCUGAGUAUCAAACUGUACCGAGCCUGGAGGAAGGACAAGAGGACUAAAGACCAGGGAGAGGCUGCUGCCUGA